UGUCGCUCCCCCUGCCGCGCCCGGGAAACGUUACGCCGCCUCCCUCUUCCCUCAGAGGCUUCGCCGCGCACAUCUCGCUCCUGCAGCCAUGUCCGCCGCGGACGAAGUCGACGGGCUGGGCGUGGUCCGGCCACACUAUGGCUCUGUCUUGGAUAAUGAAAGGCUCACUGCAGAGGAGAUGGAUGAGAGGAGACGUCAGAAUGUGGCUUAUGAGUACCUUUGUCACCUAGAGGAAGCAAAGAGGUGGAUGGAAGCUUGUCUUAAUGAAGAGCUGCCUCCUACUACAGAACUAGAGGAGGGGCUAAGGAAUGGGGUUUAUCUUGCCAAACUUGGAAACUUCUUCUCUCCCAAAGUGGUGUCCUUAAAGAAGAUUUAUGAUCGGGAGCAGACCAGAUACAAGGCAACUGGCCUUCACUUUCGGCAUACGGAUAAUGUGAUUCAGUGGCUGAAUGCAAUGUCUGAGAUUGGGCUGCCUAAGAUUUUUUACCCUGAAACCACAGACAUUUAUGAUCGAAAGAACAUGCCACGCUGUAUCUACUGUAUUCAUGCACUCAGCUUGUACCUGUUCAAACUGGGGCUGGCUCCCCAGAUUCAAGACCUGUAUGGCAAGGUUGACUUCACAGAGGAAGAAAUCAACAACAUGAAGAGUGAGCUGGAGAAGUACGGGAUUCAGAUGCCCGCCUUCAGUAAAAUUGGGGGGAUCCUGGCCAACGAGCUCUCCGUGGAUGAAGCAGCAUUGCAUGCUGCUGUUAUUGCCAUCAAUGAAGCCAUUGAACGUAGAGUUCCUGCUGAUACGUUUAGCGCUUUGAGAAACCCCAAUGCUAUGCUGGUGAAUCUUGAAGAGCCAUUGGCCUCCACUUACCAGGAUAUACUUUACCAGGCCAAGCAUGACAAGAUGGCAAAUGCUAAAAACAGGACUGAAGACUCUGAAAGAGAAAGAGAUGUUUAUGAGGAGUUGCUGACUCAGGCGGAAAUUCAGGGAAAUGUAAACAAAGUCAAUACUUAUUCUUCAUUAGCCAAAGUGGACCUGGCUUUAGAGCAGGGAGAUCCAUUGGUCUUAUAUCAGGCCCUAGUGUCCCCUGCUCUGGGCCUUCGAGCACUGCAGCAAGACAACUGUGAUUGGUACUUGAAGCAGCUCCUGAAUGAGAAGCAGCAGAAGAAGCAGAGUGGAGUGAUCGGGCCGUUGCAGAAGGAGGACCUGCAGGCUGGAGUGGAUGCUGCUAACCGUGCUGCCCUGCAAUAUCAGAGAAGGUUGGCAGCAGUGACUUCAAUUAAUGCUGCAAUCCGAAAGGGGAUUGCUGAGAAGACUGUGUCAGAGUUGAUGAAUACCGACGCUCAGUUACCUCAGGUGUAUCCUUUUGCUGCUGAACUUUACCAGAAGGAGCUGGCUACUCUACAGCAGCAGAGCCCUGAUCAUAACCUUACCCAUCCUGAACUCUCAGUUGCAGUUGAGAUGUUGUCAUCAGUGGCCUUAAUCAAUAGGGCUUUGGAAUCAGGAGAUAGAAAUACUGUCUGGAAACAGCUGAGCAGCUCAGUUACAGGCCUUACUAACAUUGAAGAAGAAAAUUCCCAGAGGUAUAUUGAUGAACUGAUGAAGUUGAAAGCCCAGGCACAUGCAGAGAAUAAUGAGUUCAUUACAUGGAAUGACAUCCAGGCUUCUGUGGACCUUGUGAACAUGGUGGUGCAAGAGGAAAAUGAGCGAAUUUUAGCAAUUGGCUUAAUUAAUGAAGCAUUGGAUGAAGGGGAUGCCAGAAAGACCCUGAAGGUCUUACAGCUUCCUUCAGUCAAACUGGAGGGAGUGAAUGCCCACGUUGCCCAGCAUUACCAAGAUACACUGAUUAGAGCAAAGCGGGAGAAAGCCCAGGAAAUUCAGGAUGAAUCAGCUGUGUUAUGGCUGGAUGAAAUUCAGGGUGGGAUCUGGCAGGCAAACAAAGACACAGAAGAGGCACAAAAAUUUGCCUUAGGAGUCUUGGCUAUUAAUGAAGCAGUGGAUGCUGGGGAUGUUGGCCAGACCCUCAUUGCCCUUCGUUCUCCUGAUGUUGGCCUUUAUGGCGUCACCCCUGAAUGUGCUGAAUCCUAUCAGAGAGACCUUGAAGAUUUGAAGAAGAAAAAGCUUGCAGAGGGUGACAAUAAUAGCAAGUGGGUGAAGCACUGGGUGAAAGGCGGGUAUCAUUAUUACCACAACUUGGAGACCAAAGAAGGUGGAUGGGAUGAGCCGCCAGGCUUUGUGCAGAAUACAACCCAUCUCUCUAGGGAGGAGAUCCAGAGUUCCAUCUCUGGGGUGACUGCUGCCUACAACCGGGAACAAUUGUGGCUGGCCAAUGAAAGCCUAAUCACCAAGCUUCAGGCUGCCUGUCGUGGGUACCUAGUUCGUCAGGAUUUCAGGUCCCGGAUGAAUUUCCUCAAGAAGCAAGUCCCUGCCAUCAUUUGCAUCCAGUCUCAGUGGCGGGGGUACAAGCAAAAGAAGGCAUAUCAAGAUCGUUUAGGAUAUCUACGCUCUCAUAAAGAUGAAGUUGUAAAGAUUCAGUCCCUGGCAAGAAUGCAUCAGGCUAGAAAGCGCUAUAAAGACAGGUUACAGUAUUUCAGAGAUCAUAUAAAAGACAUAAUAAAAAUCCAGGCCUUUAUUCGAGCAAACAAAGCUCGGGAUGACUACAAAACACUCAUCAAUGCUGAGGAUCCCCCUAUGGUGGUUGUUCGCAAGUUUGUCCAUCUUUUGGAUCAGAAUGACCAGGAUUUUCAAGAGGAACUUGAUCUCAUGAAGAUGAGGGAAGAGGUUGUGACCCUCAUCCGAUCUAAUCAACAGUUGGAAAAUGACCUGAACCUCAUGGAUAUCAAGAUUGGACUUCUGGUGAAAAAUAAAAUCACAUUACAAGACGUGGUUUCCCAUAGCAAAAAACUUACCAAGAAGAAUAAAGAGCAGCUGUCUGACAUGAUGAUGCUGAACAAACAGAGGGGUGGCCUUAAGGCUCUGAGCAAAGAGAAGAGAGAGAAAUUGGAAGCUUAUCAGCACCUGUUUUACCUGUUGCAGACCAACCCUACCUAUCUGGCCAAGCUGAUUUUCCAGAUGCCCCAGAACAAGUCCACAAAGUUCAUGGAUUCUGUGAUCUUCACGUUGUACAACUAUGCCUCCAACCAGCGGGAGGAGUAUCUGCUGUUGCGUCUCUUUAAGACUGCCCUCCAGGAGGAGAUCAAAUCAAAGGUAGAUCAGAUUCAAGAGAUUGUGACUGGAAAUCCUACAGUUAUUAAAAUGGUUGUGAGUUUCAACCGAGGUGCUCGGGGCCAGAAUGCCCUGCGGCAGAUCCUGGCCCCUGUUGUGAAGGAGAUCAUGGAUGACAAAUCCCUCAACAUCAAAACCGACCCUGUGGAUAUUUACAAGUCUUGGGUCAAUCAGAUGGAGUCUCAAACAGGAGAAGCAAGCAAACUGCCAUAUGAUGUGACCCCUGAGCAGGCGCUGUCUCAUGAAGAGGUGAAGACGAGGCUAGACUCCUCCAUCAGGAAUAUGAGGGCAGUGACCGACAAAUUCCUCUCUGCUAUAGUUGGCUCCGUGGACAAAAUCCCUUAUGGGAUGCGCUUCAUUGCCAAGGUCCUGAAGGAUUCGCUGCAUGAGAAAUUCCCAGAUGCUGGUGAGGAUGAGCUCCUGAAGAUUAUUGGUAACCUGCUCUACUACCGGUAUAUGAAUCCAGCCAUCGUGGCUCCUGAUGCUUUUGACAUCAUUGACCUGUCAGCAGGAGGCCAGCUCACCACAGACCAACGAAGAAACCUGGGUUCUAUUGCAAAGAUGCUCCAACAUGCAGCCUCCAAUAAGAUGUUCUUGGGAGAUAAUUCUCACCUAAGCAUAAUUAAUGAAUAUCUCUCUCAUUCCUACCAGAAGUUCAGACGCUUUUUUCAAACUGCAUGUGAUGUGCCAGAGCUGCAGGAUAAAUUUAAUGUGGAUGAGUAUUCUGACUUAGUGACUGUCACCAAACCAGUUAUCUACAUUUCUAUUGGGGAAAUCAUCAACACUCACACAUUGCUUUUAGAUCACCAGGAUGCCAUUGCUCCUGAACAUAAUGAUCCAAUCCAUGAGCUACUGGAUGAUCUUGGGGAAGUGCCCACCAUCGAGUCCCUCAUUGGAGAAGGGUCUGGCAAUGUAAAUGAUCCAAAUAAGGAGGUGCUGGCUAAGACAGAAGUAUCACUCACGCUGACAAACAAGUUUGAUGUGCCUGGAGAUGAAAAUUCAGAAAUGGAUGCUCGGACUAUCUUGCUUAAUACAAAGCGUUUAAUUGUGGAUGUCAUCCGGUUCCAGCCAGGAGAGACGCUAACUGAGAUCCUUGAAACACCUACCACCAAUGAACAGGAAGCAGAACAUCAAAGAGCCAUGCAGAGGCGAGCCAUUCGUGACGCCAAGACUCCUGACAAGAUGAAAAAGGCCAAAUUUGUCAAGGAAGACGGUAACCUGAGCCUCCAGGAGAAGAAGGAGAAGAUCCAGUCAGGUUUAAAGAAACUCGUAGAGCUUGGGACAGUGAAUCCAAAGAACAAAUACCAGGAACUGAUCAAUGAUAUCGCCAAGGACAUCCGGAAUCAGCGGAGGUAUCGACAGAGGAGAAAAGCUGAGUUGGUCAAACUGCAGCAGACUUACAAUGCUCUGAACUCCAAGGCCACAUUUUAUGGAGAGCAGGUGGACUAUUAUAAGAGCUACAUCAAAACCUGCUUGGAUAAUUUGGCCAGCAAGGGCAAGGUGUCUAAGAAGCCAAGAGAGAUGAAAGGAAAGAAGAGUAAAAAGAUUUCCCUGAAAUACACAGCUGCAAGACUGCACGAGAAGGGAGUCCUGCUGGAAAUUGAGGACCUUCAAGUGAAUCAGUUCAAAAAUGUGAUAUUUGAAAUCAACCCAACAGAGGAAGUUGGAGACUUUGAAGUGAAAGCCAAGUUCAUGGGGGUUCAGAUGGAGACUUUCAUGUUACAUUAUCAGGAUCUGUUACAGCUGCAGUAUGAAGGAGUCGCUGUCAUGAAGCUGUUCGAUAGAGCAAAAGUCAAUGUCAACCUCCUGAUCUUCCUGCUCAACAAGAAGUUCUACGGGAAGUGA